AUGAAUAAAUUAUUUUCAAAAACUGUUAAAAAUCAAGUCAAUCAAGGGCAGGUACCCUCUCACAAAUCGUUUACUGAAGAGGAGUCGACAACUUCUACUACUUAUUCUAGGCUAAAUUGCGCUGAUACUAGUAAUCGUAACAGUCAAUAUAAUUUAAAUAUCUUUGACAAAGAUGUAUUCACAGAUUCGUUAACAUAUCAUUUAGCUCGUGCUUCACCUUUCUCUGGUGAGGUUGAAGUUUUAUAUCCAUUUUCUAUACCAAAAGAUAACAUGAUAAUACAUGAUAAUGGGAAAGUAGAAGAUAAUGAACCUAUUUUUUAUACAAUAUAUUCAAAAAGUAUCAGUAAUUCACCACUAUAUCAUUGUGUAUUGAAACAAGUAUAUAAUGAAUUAAUAAUAGGUGAAGCAAAACGUAUAUCAUUAGUAGGAGAACCAAUAAUAACCAUAAGAAGCAAAGCAUUUUUUCUAGAAGCAGAAUUAAGAAGAACAGGUGCGUUUAGUAAUACUUGGCAUUUUGAUUUUGAAGGAAAGGAUUAUAGAUGGAAACCAGCCCAAUUGGGAGCAAAGGAUUGUGAUUUAGUAUGCGAAUUAGUAGAAUAUGAUAUAUCUCCUUCUCCAAAUACUACUACUCCAAAAUUUUUAUCAUUUAGCAGUAGUGUAAUUUCUCCAUCUCCUAAAAAAAAUAAAAUAAAAAUUGCAACUUUAUCAAGAAACUCAUCAAAUUCUAAUGAUAGUAAUGAUAGAAAUGCUAUUGGAGAAUUAACUAUUUUUAAAGAAGCUUGGUUAGAUGUUAAAGAACAUAGAGCACUUGAAGUUUUGUUACUUUUAGGUUGUAUGGUUAUGUUGGAUGUCAUUGAAACUUCUUAA